AUGCAGCCUUUCAAGUACACUCUGUGGAUUGUUUUACUUAUAAAGUUCGAUGUUAUAACCAGUCUACACGUUAAAGCUCACUUUACUCCUUCUGAUGGAUCUUCUUUCCCACGAAUUCGGAUGGCCGAAUUACUUACGAAUCUGGAAGAAUUAACGUUUUGUUCUUGGAUUAAACCUUAUUUUUUAAGUGAUUUAAAUUGUUUACUAUCUUACGCAACGGUUUCCAACGAUAACCAGCUUAUCAUUUCUUUAAUAACGAAAGAAAAUAAUACAAAAAUCGAAGUUAAUUAUGCAGGAUCUAUUUUACAAGUUCCUUGCUCUCAUAUCACUUGGAAAAAUGGAGAAUGGUAUCAUUUAUGCUUGAAUUUAUUUUGUGUUAAUGGAGCAAUAGCAUUUUAUGUUAAUGGAAUUCAUUGCGCGGAAUGUAAAAGUCACGCUGAUUUUGCUAAGAAAUUAAUCCCUUCUGGUGGUCAAUUAGUAAUUGGACAAGAACAGGAUGGUGUAGAUUCAAAGUACGAUCCUAAUCAAGGUUGGUAUGGUGACAUUGCUGAUGUUCACAUAUGGAACGAAAGAUUGACUCAUAAACAAAUACAAGAAGCGGGAAGAUGCAAUGGAGGACGAAAGGAAGGUAACGUUUUUGCUUGGAUGAAAACGAAAAUAUUUGCAACAGAUAAUGUAUUAUUUUCCGAAACAGAAGUUUGUAAUCCUUAA